UGGGUUUGGGCUACACCUCAAACGCUUUCAAGAUGCUAAAUGAAAAUACGUUAUUUUGGCAUCUAUGUGAAGAACAACAACUGAUCACAAACUCUGUAUAGCACUGUUGACUCAGAAUGGAUGAAGAAGCUCAGAUGCAAACCAGAUGCCAUAUUUUGGACUUGCCCUGGGAGGAUGUUCUUGUUCCACAUAUUUUAUGCUUUCUGCCACUGCAACACCUUGUGAGCCUGCAGAGGGUGAGCAGGCAGUUCCACAGCCUCAUCCAGGUGUAUCUGGCCAACUGCAGGACUUUUGAUCUGUCCUCGAUUGGACCAUCAGUUCCCAAGGAAGCGUUUUGCUCCAUGUUAAAGGACAACAAAGUCCUCCACAGCCUGUGUCUUUCCAGUUGUUCUGAUUGGGUGACAGACAAGGAGCUGCUGCCAGUUAUCGGCCAGAACCAGCACCUGCAGAGAGUGGACAUGAGCAGCUGUGUUGGUCUCACCCGUCACUCCCUGGUGGCUGUGUCCUUGAGCUGCAUGCACCUCCUGCACCUCGGCCUGGCGCACUGCGAGUGGGUGGACAGCCUGUCGCUGCGCAGCCUGGCGGACCACUGCGGGGGUCUGCAGUCGAUCAACAUCACGGCCUGCCGCCAGCUCAAGGACGACGCCAUCUGCUACAUGGCCAAGAAGUGCUUGAAGUUGAGGUCUUUAUCCCUGGCAGUCAACGCCAAUGUCACUGACGAGUCGGUGGAGGAGGUGGCCAAAAACUGCAGGGGCCUGGAGCAGCUGGACCUGACAGGCUGCCUGCGGGUCAGGAACCAGUCCAUCAGGACUCUUGCCGAGUACUGCCCGAAGCUGCAGUCCCUGAAGGUGAAUCACUGUCACAAUGUGACAGAGUCCAGCCUGGACCCUCUACGGAAGCGCAAUGUAGUGAUAGAUGUUGAGCCGCCCCUACAGAGGGCUCUGGUGCUUCUUCAGGAUGUGCUGGGGUUUGCUCCCUUUAUCAAUCUCCAGAUAUAGGCAAAGGGCCAUCUAUCCGUCCAACACAGGUGUCUUCAUCAAAGCAGCCGCUCUCAGCUGCUUCACAUGUGCACGUGAGUUGUUCUAAGAAACGUCAAGAUGUUUUACACUCAAGUUUAAAAAUAAUGUUGACAAAGAAUCUCAGUGGAAUGUGAUCAAAGAUGCAUAUUGAGGAUGAAGCUGAAAAUAAGUCUACCUUUGAAAAGACUGAAGAAAGCCAUGUACUUUUAAGAAUUGAUGUCUCACGUCCAAAAGAUGUCACUGCACUUUCAUUUAGUGUUUUCAUAAUGUGGCUUAAUAGAGAAGCAGAUAGUAAAGUGAAUUGUUUUGUUGUUUUUUAACCAAAGUUUACUUUUAUGUUUCAUUUAGGAGCAUUACAAAUGUUUGGGUUUAAUUAAACAUUUCAUUUUGCAUGUUUAUGACGGUUUAAAGGAUAAAUUCACCCAAAUCACGCAGAAAACAUUUUCUCACUUACGAUUUUAUGUGUCCAGGUUUUUAUUAUCUGCACCACUGAGUCUUCUGCUUUUACCACAAUACAGUGAAGAUAAAUGCAAUGUUGUUAGUGGUGCUGUCUAGUGUCUUCCAGAAAAAAACAAUCCAGAGACUUCUCUGUGAACCCUUUUUAACUGUUUCCUAAUGCAAACUUUGUUGCUCUCAGUAACACCAAAACUAUCUGCAUGUCUAAAUGCAGAGAUUUGUGAGAGAAAUGUUUUCAAAAUGUGGUGAUGCGGGUGAAGUACCCCUUAAAACCAUACCGUUAAUCAACCCAUUUCUUUUUUUUUUAAUUAAGUAUGGGUUUUUAUUAAGAAACAUUCCCGUUUAACACUUGAAAUUCAUUUUGUAAAAAGUACCUAAAUUGCUGUUGCCUAACAAGGCACAUGGAGGAUGUAAGAACUAUUAAAUUCCAAAAUAUCA